AUGUCUGUGUCGCUCAACCCCCGAAUCCUGAGGCACGCUGCCUCAUACUGCCAUCCUCGACUUGUUACAUCGAGAUCGACCUCAAGAGCACUACGAACACGGCGGCAGACAUGUACCGCACCACCAGAAAGACAGACCAGAACCUUCGCAGCAUGCGCCCCUCGACCUCACCCGCCCGCCGCACCGAAGAGCAAAGACCGCGGGCCCAAGAGCGAAGAGGACACACAGACGGAUUUCGGAGCCAUGAACGUGCUGGGUAACACGCCCGUGCCUACGACCGCAGUCGACGCAUGCUUGGAUGAUGGAUUCGCGUUGGAUUCAGGCCUGAAGGUCAGCGGGGCAGGAGUCCUCUUACUCGGCGGCGAGGCCUUCAAAUGGCGACCUUGGAUCAAGGAAGGACGCAGAGAAGGCACAAUCGGCGCGGGCGCUGUUGGUGACGAUGUCAAAGGCGUUGCGAGUAUGGCAGGCAAGGUGCUCAAUGCAAAAGGACAACUCGAAGUGGACAAGCAAGCAUGGGGAGUGCUGAGCCUGGUCUGGCCGAAGCCGGAUCUGUUGGUUUUGGGCACUGGACUCAAGAUGGUUCCUGUGAGCCCGAAGACGAGGAGGGAUAUCAAUGACUUGGGAGUCAGGAUCGAGGUGUUGGAUACUAGAAAUGCUGCGGCGCAGUUCAAUCUGCUGGCGACGGAGCGUGGUACCCAGCAGGUCGCGGCUGCUCUGGUCCCGAUUGGGUGGCGAGAGGGGAAGUGA